AUGAAACUGCAAACUGAGCAAAAUAGCGCCCCCGCGAUUUCCUUCGAAAACCGAGAAGAAGUACUCAGCGUAACAGAGGAGAAAAGUGAGAAACAGGAAAAGAGGAAGAAAUUGAAAUGGAAGGAAAUUGAAGGUACAUCAACUACAGAUGUUUCCGAAUCAGAUGCCAAAUUAUCGACAGAGCCAAUCAGUAGCUCCGAUAGCUCAGAUAGUUUCAGGAAAAGGAAACGGAAAAAUAAGAACUAUAAUAAGGAAAAACCCCAAAAAACCGUUAUGUCGAAUCCGUACACGUCGACCGAAAAUUCUUCGACUGAAUCGAGCGAUAGCUCUGAGUCGUCAUCAACGACGAUGUCUGAUAGCUCAUCCAAUUCCAAAUUGUCCCAAAAUCGAAGGAAUAAGAACAGAAAACAUCGAAAAUCGAAACGAAAUAAAGAACCGAUGAAACGAAUUCCUAUCUCAGAAUGGCGAUUGAAAUAUGACGGUAAGGACAAUGGACGUAAAUUGGCCGAAUUUCUAAAAGAAAUUAAAAUGCAAAGUAAAUCAGAGGAUGUCACCGAUCGUGAGUUAUUCCGAUCAGCCUUAUAUUUGUUCAUAGGUCGCGCCAGAGAUUGGUAUAUAGAAGGGGUAGAAAGUAAAAGCUUUCGAAAUUGGAGAGAGCUGAAAAAGCAGCUGAAGCGCGAAUUUCUUCCGCCAGACCUAGACUUUCAACUAGAAACCCAAGCAAGCAAUCGCAAACAAGCAAGAGGGGAAAAGUUUGCGGAUUAUUUCCAUGAUGUACAGAAAAUUUUCCUGUCUAUGACCAAAACAGUGUCAGACCGAAGAAAAUUUAAAACCAUCUGGCGAAACAUGCGUCACGAUUACAAGAAUGCUCUUACGGGCAAACAUAUAAAGACGCUUAUGCAAAAUCAGACCAGCAGUAAAGCUUCUCAUCCGAACGAUCCUUUUGAUUAUUCUCCACAGCCAGCUCAAUCACACUGCUCAAUCAUGAAUCCAGUUCGCUCUCUAUUGAAGGUAACAGCGCUCGGAGCAGCAACCUUUAGCAUCACCUGCCUGUACAAGGGAAAUGAAAGGUUCUACGAAAACAUUUUCAUGCCGAUCGUUCGGCUCGCUCCGCCGGAAACUGCUCAUCAUCUGGCGGUGUUCGGCCUGAAGCUGGGAUUGAUUCGACCCGGAUAUCAAGAUCCCGGCGUUCUGCGCACCCAGCUGAUGAAUAUGGUUCUGCGCAAUCCGGUCGGUAUCGCUGCCGGUUUUGACAAACACGGCGAAGCGGUCUGUGGACUGCAUCUGCUUGGGUUCGGCUUUGUGGAGGUCGGAUCGGUUACGCCCCAGCCGCAGCCGGGAAACCCGGGACCGCGAGUGUUUCGGUUGAAUGAGGAUAAGGCGAUUGUCAAUAGAUACGGAUUUAAUAGUGAGGGCCACAAAGUAGUUUACGAGCGGCUGAAAGAAGCUCGUCAAAAGUGUGGCGAAGAUGUUGCUUUAGGAAUUAAUUUAGGAAAGAAUAAACUUUCAAAGGAUGCGAUCCGCGAUUACGUGAAAGGAGUGAAACGAUUUAGUGGCUUAGCUGAUUAUCUCGUUAUCAAUAUAAGUAGCCCGAAUACGCCCGGUUUGAGGACUAUGCAAAACAAAAGUACGCUUUUCGUAUUGUUGAGUGAAGUCCUGAAGGUACGGAGUUCCCUGCCGCUGGCAGAACAAAGACCUAUUAUGGUGAAACUGGCACCGGACUUGUCCGAUGAAGACAUCCAGGAGAUAGUCACAGUUGUAUGCAGCAAAGCAUGUGCCGUCGACGGACUAAUCGUAUCGAAUACAACCAUCGAAAGGCCAUCUAGUCUGAAGAGCAUCAAUGCCGGCCAGCUGGGCGGCUUGAGUGGGCAGCCAUUGUUCCAAAGAUCUACCCAACUGGUGGCCAAGGUGUACAAAUGGACCGAGGGAAAGAUUCCCAUCAUCGGCGUUGGAGGGAUUUUCAGCGGUCGCGAUGCGUACAAUAAAAUUCUGGCCGGUGCCAGCGCGGUUCAACUAUAUACGGCGUUUAUUUACCAUGGACCACCGAUUGUGAUACGAGUCAAACAGGAGCUUGAGGAGCUACUGAAAGCGGACGGGUACGACAGCGUGCAGCAAGCCGUCGGCAAGGGCGUAGAUCAGAUCUUACAAAGUUGA